AUGUCUGCCGGACCCCUCGAGGUGUACAAUGGCACCAGUGGUGUCGCCGACAACGGCGGUGACUCGCUGACCUCCGACCUCAACAUCUACUAUUCAUCGGGCGACUUUGCCUGGAUCAUGACCUCGGCUGCCCUGGUGCUGCUGAUGAUUCCCGGUGUUGGAUUCUUCUACUCCGGCCUCGCCCGCCGCAAGUCUGCGCUGUCGCUCAUCUGGCUGUCUAUGAUGAGUAUAGCGGUCGUCAGUUUUCAAUGGUUCUUUUGGGGAUAUUCCCUCACCUUCUCGCACACUGGCAGCUCCUUCAUUGGUGACCUGUCCAACUUUGGUCUGAUGAAGACGCUUGGUCAACCUUCGGUCGGCAGCACUAAGAUCCCGGACAUCCUCUUCUGCCUGUACCAGGGCAUGUUCGCGGCCAUUACUCCUGCCCUCGCUAUUGGUGCUGCCGCCGACCGCGGUCGCAUGCUGCCCUGCAUUGUCUUUAUUUUCGUCUGGGCCACCAUCGUCUACGACCCCAUUGCCUACUGGACCUGGAACGCCAACGGCUGGACGUUCAAGCUCGGCGGUCUCGACUUUGCCGGUGGCACGCCCGUCCACAUCUCGUCGGGUGCAGCUGCCCUCGCCUACUCGCUGAUGCUCGGCAAGCGCACUGGCUACGACAAGAACCAGGGCCUGCCGUACCGCCCCCACAACGUUACCCAUGUCGUCCUCGGCACCGUCUUCCUCUGGGUCGGCUGGUUCGGCUUCAACGGUGGCUCGGCUCUGGGCGCCAACAUGCGCGCUGUCAUGGCUUGCGUUGUCACGAAUCUGGCCGCGUCCGUUGCCGGCAUCACUUGGUGCCUUCUGGAUUACCGCCUGGAGAAGAAGUGGUCGACUGUCGGUUUCUGCUCUGGCGCCAUUGCCGGCCUCGUUGCCAUCACUCCUGCCUCUGGUUUCGUCCCUGCCUGGUCGGCUGUCAUCUAUGGUGUUGUCGGUGCCAUUGUAUGCAACUUUGCCACCAAGCUCAAGUUCUUCCUCGGCAUCGAUGAUGGUCUCGACAUCUUUGCUGAGCACGCCGUCGGCGGUAUGGCCGGUAACAUCCUGACGGCCUUUUUUGCUGCUGACUACAUUGCUCACCUCGAUGGCUUCACCGUGAUCCCUGGUGGCUGGCUCAACCACAACUGGAUCCAGCUCGGCUACCAGCUGGCCGACUGCGUUUCCGGCUUCGCCUACUCAUUCGGCAUGACCUGCAUCAUUCUCUUCCUCAUGAACCUCGUGCCCGGCUUGAGUCUGCGCGUCACGGCCGAGGAGGAGGAGCUUGGCCUCGACGACGCCCAACUCGGCGAGUUUGCCUACGACUAUGUUGAGCUGGCCCGCACGCCCUCUGAGCACAUUAAUGGCGAGUUCGUGCCCAGCACGCCCGCCAGCGUCCACGAGGGCAAGGAGACCGCUCCGCCGGUCUAA